ACAUUAGUGAAGUGUUAGUGUUAUAUCGGUUACAAACAGUGUAUUCGCGUUAACAGUUGAUAUGCGUCAGGCUUGAGGGCGCAAGUCACCACGCGCACGGCGACGAAGCAGCGAUGGCUUGGCCUGAAGUUAUGCGAUGAGGCGGGCGACGAGGAGGACGCCAUGGACGAGCCCAGCGCCGCCAAGCGGCCCUCCGUGCUGACCAUCGACCGCGCCGCCUUCCUGCUGCUGCGCGUCAAGCGAGCCUUCAAGAAAAAGAGGCAGCAGAGGAAAGAGAAACAUGCUGCGGCGGCGGCGGCAGCAGCGGCGGAGGCGCUGGGCGGGAGGCGCGCGCCGCCGCCCCUGCUGCGCUCCCGCACGCUGCCCGCCAUCGUCGCGCCCAUCUCCAUCCUGCACGCGCAGAUCGAUCCGCGGCAUGCCGAGCUAACCCAGAGCCAGAUGCUGUGCCGCGGUGUGUCGCACAAGGUGAGCGGGCUGCGUGCGGCGGCGCCUCGCAUCUCGUUCGCGCGCGAGGACGAGGACGGCCGCCGCAAGAGCGCCUUCAGCCGCCUCGGCGCCUCGCCGCGCUCCAGCCUCGCGGACGACCGCGACGGCUUCGUACUCAGGGUGCCAACCCCCCGAGGGUCCGUCUCGAGCACGGGCAGCAGCACCACGUCGCGGAUCGCGCGGCUGCUGACGCAGGUGCGCGCCGCGGUCGACGACGCGCCCGGGGACGCCACGCCGCGACGCCUCAGCUGGGAACGGCGGGAGGGCACCGAGCAGCUGCCGCGCUCGACGAGCAUCGACUCUGUGGUGGAGGCCGCGCUGUCGGCGCGCCGCUCCGAGCCCGCGCCCGCGCUGCAGCUGCCGCUCUCGCUCGUCUCGCCGCGCGCCAAGACGCAGCGCGGACAGACCGGUUAG